AAAAAAAAACUCAGAAAUAUUAAUGAAAGGAAGCAAGUCGGUUGGUCGUUGGUAGUCUGAGAGAAGAGAUGGGCUCGGCGACGUAUCUUCGCCUUGAGAGAUUUGGAUCUCUCAAUUUGCUCUCCCUCCUCUGCUUGCAGAACUCUUCAGUUUCCACCGUCAGAUUUUGUUCAUCGUCGUCGUCUUCCGGUAAUUCUAAACCAGAUAAUAAGAAGCUAGUUGAUCGUCUUUCAACUGUAAUUGACGCCGUUAAUGAUCGCAAACUUCCUCCUGAACUUCGUGGCCAGCGCAACAAUGUUAGGUCAGAAACUGACUUGAUCAACGUUGUUGAGCAAAGAAUAUGGCAUUCAAUGGAAGAAGGCCAAUUUGAAAAAUUGCCUGGGAAAGGCAAGCCACUAAAGCUUGACACAAAUCCUCAUGCGGAUCCAGCUGAAGACACCUUAUACAGAAUCCUCUCGAAAAAUAGAUGUGCACCGGAGUGGGUCGAGCUUAACAAAGAGAUAAGGUCUAGAAUAUCUGAAUGGAGGAUGUCCUUGAAGAAAGCUUGGGCAAAUAAAUGCAGUGGAGAUCACUCUGUGUGGGUUGAAAGUUCAGAGGCUUUGAAAUUGCAGUUAAAAGAAAUUAAUGAUAAGGUAUUUCGGUAUAAUCUCAUUGUACCUUUUGGUCGGCAAAUGUUUGGCCUUAAGUGGGAGAAAGAGAUCAGUUAUUUAGAAGAAUGAUGAAAGUCAUUGUUGAACGAAUUGAUGUACGAUUUUAGAAUAUUAGAAUUUGUUAUUUCCCUGAAGGGUGGUCAUGCCAGCUGAAUAAUCAUAUGGCCUAAGUAUUUAGUUCAACUUUGGAUGAUUAAUUUGUUAACUUGCAAUGUUUGGUGCAUGUUUGGGUUAGAGUUAAGUUUUGUGAAAUCAAGGUGGCAUUGUAAUUUUGUUGAACCCCUAAAGUGUAGUUUUUGCUAAAAUCAGUGUUACACUGUGAUUUUGCCAACUUAUUGUCAAUCAAGACAUGCACCAGAGCUAGUGAACGUCAUUGUUUAUGAUCCCUCUAUCAGAGCAUAGUUUGGCUGUAAUUAUAUGGUUUAUUACCUUCAAUCGGGUAAACCAAAGGAAACAUAUAGUGAAAGUGAAUGAGAACAAAUCUUUGCACAA